UAACAUUUAAAUUGAUAUAUGACUGUAUAUAAAUUCAUUUUUCUUAUGAUACACGCAAUGCAAGACAAAAAUGACUGGGACGUUAGGGAAUUUGGAAGGUUACGUAUAUAAAUGGGGACUCUUAUUUUGAGCGGUGCUCAAAUAAAAAACAAAAAUGUGGCGCCGUGGCGCCGUAGAUUAGUGGUUAUAGCUCUCGUACUCUGUGCGGGAGACCGGGGUUCGAUUCCUCUUGACGGCGAUUCAACAUGGGCGAGUGAAUGUUACCAUAGCCCCGGGUUAACCCAAGCCAUGUGAGGGAAAUUGGGAAGAUUGCACACUGUGUGGGCCGUUGGAUGUUGCCGGGAGUUGUCUAGUAGAGCGCGGGCUCUAAUUGGGUCUGCGUAGCUCAAAAUGAGCAUUAAAUACUCUAGGACUCUCCAUCUACGCCAUGGCCCCUCCUGGAAAUAAUAGACAGGGUAUAUCCCUCGAUAUUUGUGAGGCUAGCCAUGUAAAAUAUGCACAUCUAUCUAUCUAUCUAUCUAACAAAUGAAACUGUACGUGGGUUUUAUUGUAAACAACAAAUAUGGACGCUCUAUCCCGAGUGUUUCCCCCAAAUUAUAACUCCAAUCGAUUAAUAAUUACAAAUUUAGUUUUUAAACGUUUAAACGAUGUAAGAAAAUUUAUUGAACAAAAGGUCUGCCACUGCGCAUUUUUCUUCAAUGACAUGAUUAUGACCAUCUAUUAAUGAAUAUAUUAAAUUCUUUUAAAACUGUCAUUUUCGACCACAAAUUUCAAUCAGCCGAUUUAGCAAUAAUUACAGUUAAUUAUCUUGCAAUAGGUUUCUGUUAUUGCUAUAUGUCGACACGAAGAUGAAAUGUGCUAUGUUUGGAGACUUUUUUAAUUUUUUUGUUUGUGGCAAUAACAUUAAAUGGUUUACUCAUUGUUAAGUUUUUCAUGAGUAUUUCAUCAAUAUUUCUGCGUAUUUCUUAUGUAUCAAAAACUCGCUUAUCCAAAAAUCGGAUGAAUUGCAAAGAACACUGACAUUGCAGAAUCGGCUGUAGGUUGCAAGAAGUUCGACUGACAUAUCCUGCUCUCGAUAUCCCAAGCAUCAUCGUCAAGGGUUGGUUUCAUGAUAAAGGGUUGCUUUAAAAACAUGUUUAAAUUAUUUUUGGCUCUGUCAUUGAUCGCUUUCAUAAGCGGUAAGUCUUCCUUGUUUUUCUUUGCCAAACUGGCUACGUAUCUCUGGUUAUUACAUGUUACCAUUAUUUUUACAGUGUGUGAGGCCAAGCCUUUGGAUGUUCACAAGCUUGAACGCGUGUUAGAUGAUUUAAUCGCAGAAUUUGAAGUCGAUUCACAAGUUGGCUAUGACACACGACAAAUUAAUAAAAAUAUAAAACGUUUAAAAGAGCUUGCUGUGUCAAACAGUGAAACAGAAAAACGUGCUGAAGAAGGUCGACUUUCGAACACUCUCCAUCAAAGAGCCGCACAGAAAGUUGUUUACAAUGGCAAAAGAAGCGAUAGGAAAAAUACCGAUAUCUUUCAUAACGCAAUGAACGAAAAAACGGUCGAGCAAACUAACAGCGAUUCUCGUGACUUUGGCUACAUGAAGAAAUCGCCGAACGCAAUUAGAAAGAGAAAGAAAGAUUUAAUUGAGGUGAUUAAAGAACUUUUAAAGAGGAGCAAACAUAGAGAGGGGAGAGAAUCAAACACUAAAAAUCAAAACAAAAGUGAAAUUGAUGAUAUAAUAAACCCGAUAUAUUUUAUUCAAAAGAAAAAUAUUAAAAAUACAGUUUCGAAAAGAUUCUCAGAUGAUUCGGAAAAAAUGAAAAAAGAGAAAAUAACGAACACUUUACUGAAAUUAAUUUCUACAGCGCGAAGUGUAUCUAAACAACAAGACGAGGAAAAACAUGGAGAAAGUGAUUUUGAAGAAGAACUACAGAAUUUCUUGUCAUCGCGAAAUUUCCCUUGAAUCUAACAUAUUUUGGGUUUUAGUUGCAAACGGCAAAAUUAGAUGGACAAGGCCUUACACAUACAGCUCUCAAGUGUUUCUACGUUUAAACAAUCCAUCUUCUCCAAAAUGUCAAUGCUUUCAUAGAAUGAUGAGAUUGAAACUUUGGUUCCAGUAUGCAGCUUUAAAACACUGAUAUUUCAGGGCCUUUUUUAUCGCAAAUAGUACAGUGUAUUCAUAAAAGGUUGUAUCGUUUUGUUUGUUAAUCACAACCUUACUAAUUUAAAUGUUAGAAUUUUUCGCAAGCAGAAUUUUUCGCAAAUUUCGCGAAAUU